CCGUCCUCCCUCGUCGAACGGAGCUCGGAGGGGAAAAAUCAAAGAUGGGUGUUCGUCACUUGCUCUCCUUCUCUUGCUCUCCUCCCACUCUUUCUCUUCUUCUUCUUUUGCUCUCAGUGGCGCAGUGCGGGUAUGGGAGGAAGGUAGGCUUCCUUCAGAAUUUCAGGGUCACUUGGUCUGGCUCCCACGUCAGGCAGUUGGAGGAUGGCAGCUCCAUCCAGCUCUCCCUAGACCAAUCUUCUGGAUCCGGAUUUGCUUCCAAAGAUCAAUACAUGUUCGGGCGUGUGAGCAUGAGAAUCAAGUUAAUUCCUGGCGACUCUGCAGGAACAGUAACUGCAUUCUAUAUGAGCUCAGACAAGUUCGACACCAGGGAUGAGUUAGACUUUGAGUUCUUGGGGAACAGGACCGGCCAACCAAUCACGGUGCAGACAAACGUGUAUGCCAAUGGCUUCGGCAACAGGGAGCAACGAGUCAACCUCUGGUUCGACCCUUCUCUUGAUUUCCACAACUACACCAUCUUCUGGAAUCGCGCCCACGCCAUAUUCUUGGUCGAUGACGUUCCGAUCCGGGUGUACAAGAACAACAUGGACCGAGGCGUUCCAUACCCGAUCUCGCAGCCCAUGCGUGUCGUGUCGACACUAUGGAAUGCCGAUAACUGGGCGACACGAGGCGGGCUCGAGAAGAUCGACUGGAAAAAUGCACCCUUCCACACCUACUACCGAGAUUUUGACAUUGAGGGGUGCGUGGUUCCCGGACCGGCUGGGUGCGCCCAGAACCCAAGGAACUGGUGGGACGAACCAACUUACCUCCGGCUAAACCCAGUGCAGGCUAGAAAAUAUAGAUGGGUCCGCCUCAACUACAUGAUCUAUGACUACUGCAGAGACACCUCAAGGUACCCGGUUCCACCGCCGGAGUGCACCGCUGGGAUAUGAGACGAAAACAAAUGUACCCGCUUCUACCUUGCCAUGAAUGAAACUCACCAGGCUCUGAGUUAUACAUGGAAUGGAAGAUCUUGGCUGUUCAAUACUAUAGUUGGAGAAGUAUUUGUUUAUUAUAGAGUAGGUGAAUGAAAUAAAUGGGUUUCUUUAGUGCACUACGUAGGCAGGUUGCUGGAUGAGGGCCGUAGUCAGGGGCCUGACCAUGUACCACGUCCUGGGGAGAUCUUACCUUACUAUGAAAAUAAAAUCUCUCUCUCUCGAGUUUUUUCUGUUAAA